CCACCAUUAAUGCAUACCAUCCCAUCUCCCACUUCUCCCCCAAACUGCUCCCUUCUUGCGGACAAUAGGCCUGUCACGAAGCUCCAAGACGAGUAGACGACCGACCCAUCAGACCUCUGAACCUAUUUGCUGCCGAAUUUCCACCUGGUGUGGAAUCAAUUAUCAAUGAAAGAACUGGCGAAGGAGGAGGUUAAGGUGGCUUCUUGCUUCCCUGGCUUGUUUUCCAUGGGGAGUUGUCUCAGUUCUCGAAUUAAAGGCGGCGAAAGCCUCAGUCAAACUGGUGAAGAAGAUCCAAAGCACGGAAGCAGUCUGAGUGGUGGUUCUAAUUAUAGCAGCACUAAAGCCUCUUCUUUGUUCUCGUCAGCACCUCUGGCAACACCUCUGGCAACACCUCUGGCAACGAAAAGUGAGAAUGAAAUCCUGCAACAAUCCCCUAAUUUGAAGAACUUUGCUUUCUCUGACCUGAAAUCGGCCACAAGAAACUUCCGAAUGGAUAGUGUGUUAGGGGAAGGUGGGUUUGGGUCCGUGUUUAAAGGUUGGAUUGAUGAACACUCUUUAGAGGCUGCAAAGCCGGGUACUGGCAUGGUGAUUGCCGUUAAAAGGCUCAACCAAGAUGGUUUUCAAGGUCACCGAGAGUGGUUGGCAGAGGUGAAUUACUUGGGGCAGUUUUAUCAUCCAAAUCUUGUGAAACUGGUUGGGUUUUGCUUGGAAGAUGAACAAAGGCUUCUUGUCUAUGAAUUCAUGCCCAGAGGGAGCUUAGAGAAUCAUUUAUUCAGAAGAGGUUCCUACUUCCAACCGCUUUCCUGGAACCUUCGACUAAAGGUGGCUCUUGGUGCUGCGGAAGGGCUAGCUUUUCUUCACAGUGCCAAGACAAAAGUGAUAUAUAGGGAUUUCAAGACUUCCAACAUCUUGCUUGAUUCGGCAUACAAUGCGAAGCUUUCUGAUUUCGGGUUAGCGAAAGACGGGCCUAAUGGGGACAAGAGUCAUGUCUCCACAAGAGUGAUGGGGACAUAUGGAUAUGCUGCUCCAGAAUAUCUUGCCACUGGUCAUUUGAGUGCAAAGAGCGACGUGUACAGUUUUGGGGUGGUACUUCUGGAAAUGUUGUCAGGGCGAAGGUCAAUGGACAAUAAUAGGCCUUCGUCUGAACAGAAAUUGGUGGAUUGGGCUAAGCCUUGGCUUGCCAACAAGCGGAAAAUUCACCGAGUCCUAGACAACCGUCUUGAAGGACAGUACACGAUGGAUGUGGUCAUGAAUGCAGCCAGCCUAGCACUGAGAUGCCUUUCGGUGGAGCCCAAGUUCAGACCAACCAUGAUCGAGGUAGUAAAGGAAUUAGAGGAACUUAAGGAUCUGAACAAUGCCUCUAAUCUAAACCCUAAUUCUGAUCGACCAGUUUCUGGGAGGAGGUUAAGCUCAAGCUACGCUGCUAGGAGAAACCCCGCCGCAGAAGACUUUUUGAGGCCAUCUGCCUCCUAUAGUAAAUAAUAAUAACAAAUAGAAUAGGGAUAUUAUGAUGAAGAUCAUGAUCAAGAUGUAUUCUUACAUACAAGCUAGCAAAGCUACUAACUUGAAGACGAAAUUCUUCACUGUCAAAUUCAUUCGUCUUUCUAUAUGGUGCAGGAAACAUUGUUAUUAUUAUUAUAAAUGCAGGCAGCAGUUUAUAAGUUUGUUUUUUUUGUAA